AUGACAAACCCACCUAAGCCUAUUGUAUUCAAAGACCAUAUAUUUGACUUUGCUUUUCACCCACAAGGUAGUUUGGUUGCUGUUGGUCUAAUCAAUGGCCAAGUUCAAUGUUAUAAUUACUCUACUGAAUCACCUAACAACUUGGCCUGGUCAACACAAAUAUCAAAAAAGUCGUGUCGAGGAGUAGACUUUACUUCAGACGGUGCCCAUAUCAUGUCUAUCUCAAGAGACAAGUCACUACAAGCCUUAGACGUUGCUACAGGAAGGUUACUGUACAAGAUACCAAAAGCACAUAAACAUGCUAUCAAUAAACUAUGUAAACUAGACACACAUUUGACAGCAACAGGAGAUGAUGAUGGUAUUGUCAAGAUAUGGGAUAUGAGAACAUGUAAAAUAACCCAAGAAUACAAGGUGCAUAAUGAUUAUGUGGCAGAUAUGAACUAUAACCAAUCGAAAUCCUCACUACUUGUUGCAGGGGGAGAUGGUUUACUCUCAAUACAUGACAUAAGGAAGCCUACAAGUAAAAUAGCACUGUCGCUUGAAUUGGAUGAUGAAUUAUUAUCCAUAGCUGUUUUAGAGAAUAGUAGCAAAGUGAUAGCAGGAUCUCAAAGUGGAGCCCUUUAUACUUGGGAAUGGAAUCAAUGGGAUACAUCAAGGAAAUGGCUCGGUCAUCCCAACUCAAUUGACUCAAUAUGUAAAUUAGAUGAACAAACUAUCUGUACGGGUGGCAGUGAUGGCUUGUUGAGAAUGGUUACUGUACAACCAUAUAAAUUUGAAGGUGUCUUGGGCGAUCAUGGCGAAGACUUCCCUAUAGAAUGUAUUAAAAUGGACAACCAUCAACGCUAUUUAGCUAGUUGUGGGCAUGAUUUGCAUUUAAGAUUUUGGGAUGUUCAGUUCUUAUUUGAUGAUGAUGAUGAACAAGGAAUAGACACUUCUCAUAAGCGGAAACCGGACCAGAAAGAUGAAGGGGCGCCAACACGAUCAAAGAGAACGCUCUUUGACAAGCACGCUUCCUCUGCUUUGGUCAACAAGUUUGACCCUAAUGAUGUCAACUUGGACGGUAUCUUAGAAAUCAACCGUAAGUGGGCUGAGGCUGUUCGUGAACAAGACCCCAAUUUCUUUAGCAACAUUGCCAACAAGCAAACCCCCAAGAUUUUGUGGAUCGGUUGUUCUGAUUCUCGAGUCCCUGCUAACAUUGUGCUUCAAUUAAACCCUGGUGAAGUCUUUGUUCACAGAAAUAUCGCCAAUGUCGUUAACCACGCUGACCUCAACUGUCUUUCCGUGUUACAGUACGCUGUCGAAGUACUCAAGGUUGAACACAUUAUUGUUUGUGGUCACUAUAACUGUGGUGGUGUAGGUGCUGCUCAUGGUCAUCAACAAUUCGGUCUUAUUGAUAACUGGCUUAGAAACAUCAAGGAUGUUUAUAGAUUACAUCAAAGUGAACUUGAAGCUAUUAAGGAUGACAACUUGCGUCUCCGUAGAUUGAUCGAAUUGAACGUCAUCAACUCUGCAGAAAACGUCUGUCACUCUACUAUUGUUCAAAAUGCUUGGCAAAAGGGUCAAAAGUUGACUGUCCAUGCUUGGGCAUACGACAUUGAAGAUGGUGUGGCCAAGAAGUUGGAGUGGGCUGCUAGCGAUGCUCAUAAGCUUCAAUCUAUUUAUCAUACUCAACAAAACUAAAAGUCAACACAUCCCUCAAUUGUUUAUACCAAAGCUGUUCUUUUUUUUUUCUCUGAUAAAAUGAAAAACCCCAACUUUUUUUUUAUCAUUUUUAAACUGAGAUUUGAUAGAUAACGUGGAGUUCAGAUAAAGCACAUAGCGAAUCAAAUGUAUACAUCAGGGGAAAUGGGUUGGGGUGGGGAAAGUUGUGUCCAAUG